AGCUAAUCUGAUUGGUUCAACUGAUUCCAUUCGCGGAAAGUUGCCGUUAAAACUAACGAAAUAUGAGUGUUUUAUUCUAAAGUUACAAUCACAAUAUUCCCGAUGAUUAUUUAAAAAAAAAAAAAAAUAGAUAAUAUCACAAAGUGAACUCAAAGAUAUACAAGAUAAUGAUAUAAUAAUAUUGAAUAUGUUAGUUUAUUAAAACAUCAUGUCAGAUAAUAACUUAUCAUAUACUACCUAUGGCAUUGAUAGCCGUGGCAGAAUAGUACAUAUUGAUCCUGGUGUUUCACAUACUAACAUAAGACGUCUUCCAAGUAUAGAUGAAACUUUGAGAAGACUGCGUACAAAUCUAAGUUCAGAUCGACAAACUAGUGUAUCUAAUAAUGAAAUGUCUGACAUACAACCAGCUACAUUAUCAACUGAAGAAACUAAUUUUCAAACUCCUGUAACCAAUUCAAGUGGUCCUGUACUUUCCAUUGAUGUAACUGAUGGGGCAUCAUCUCCUAGUCAUGAUUCUAGUAUUCCAACUUUAACUUCAGAAGAUGAUAAGAGAUAUUGUUGGGUUUGUUUUGCAACGGAUGAAGACGAUGCAACUGCAUCUUGGGUAAAACCAUGCCAUUGCCGAGGUACAACAAAAUGGGUUCAUCAGGGAUGUAUACAGCGUUGGGUUGAUGAAAAACAAAAAGGUCGUGCUGGUGCACAUGUAGCUUGUCCGCAGUGUAAUACAGAAUACAUUAUCGUUUAUCCAAACAUGGGGCCAUUGGUUGUAAUACUUGAUACUAUUGAUGGAAUUAUUUUUCGAGUAUGUCCUUUUAUUGCUGCGGGCAUAGUAAUUGGAUCUAUAUAUUGGACAGCUGUAACUUAUGGAGCAGUAACAGUUAUGCAAGUAGUUGGUCAUAAAGAUGGUUUAACUAUGAUGGAACAAGCUGAUCCUUUGGUAUUAUUAGUUGGUCUACCAACUAUUCCGAUUAUGUUAGUUUUGGGAAAAAUGCUAAGAUGGGAAGAUCAAGCACUUAGUCUUCUUAGACGACAUGCUUGCAAAGUUCCUAUCCUAAGGCACUUUCUACCUAGUAGAACACAAUCACAAGAUGUUCCACCAAUGAGUGACCCAGUAUCUGCAACUCGCGUACUUUGUGGAGCACUUCUUUUACCAACUAUUGCUAGCAUAUGUGGAAAAAUAUUCUUUGAAAGUGUAAACUCAAAUUUUCAAAGGACAUUGCUUGGUGGUGUGGCAUUUAUAACUAUAAAAGGUGCGUUUAAAAUUUAUCACAAACAGCAGCAAUAUGUGAGACAAUGCCAGCGUCGUAUAAUGGAUUACACAGACAGUAAUGUAGCAUUGUAUAAAAGAAAGCAAAGUUCAGAAAGUAAUCAAACUAGCUAAAUCAGAAAAUAUGAAACAGUAAUAAAUGAAAAACAGUAUAAUUUUACA